CUCUCCAAGUGUCGGGGUUGCCAUGGAAACAACGAAACUGCGGCGAUCCCGCUGGAACCGGGGAAGCUCCGGAGCGGGAGGCGGCGGCUCCCGGUGCCACCCGCGCCCGCCGUGCCCACCGAACCCCGCUGGGUGUCCCUGCCCGGGGGAAGUCCCCGACACCGGGCUUGGGGAUUUUCUGUAGGAAAAUCCAUAAAAUUUUGGCUGGAAAUGCCUUUUCCGUGGAACCAACCCAAAAUGCACUUUUUUGGGGGUGUGUGCACAGCCACAGGUGGGAUUUGCCUCUUCUCAGAGGCGUCCCAGCGUGUUGGGGACCCAGCUGGGGACACCCAGGGCCACCCAGGGCUGAGGCAGAGGGGGCUGGGCAGCUCCUGGAGCCGGGGCUGGCUGCAAGGCUGGGAGUGACAAGUGACAGUCCCCACCGUGUCCCCUCCAGCGGUCCCUGCGGGUCCCAUCCAAGGGGAGGGCGGGGGUUUCCCGCAGGGAGGAUCCGCCCGGGGGCUGCUCCAAGAUGCACAGGACCACCCGGAUAAAGAUCACGGAGCUGAACCCACACCUGAUGUGCGCCCUCUGCGGCGGCUACUUCAUCGACGCCACCACCAUCGUGGAGUGCCUGCACUCCUUCUGUAAAACCUGCAUUGUUCGUUACCUGGAGACCAACAAGUACUGCCCCAUGUGCGACGUGCAGGUGCACAAAACCCGGCCCCUGCUCAGCAUCCGGUCAGACAAAACUCUCCAGGACAUCGUGUACAAGCUGGUGCCAGGGCUUUUCAAAGAUGAGAUGAAGAGGAGGCGUGACUUCUACGCUGCGUACCCGGUGGCCGAGGUUCCCCUGGGCUCGCAGGAGGAGCGUGGCGAGGUGGCCGAGCGGGACCAGGGCGCGGGGCCCGAGGACGAGAUCGUCAGUCUGUCCAUCGAGUUCCACCGGGACUGCAGGGAGGACCAGAAAGGCGCCGUGGAGAAUGGGGACCUGGACAAGGACAAGGCGCCACCGUGCCCGCCGAGCCCCGGGCUGCGGUUCCUGCGCUGCCCCGCGGCCAUGACCGUGCUGCACCUGGCCAAGUUCCUGCGCAACAAGAUGGACGUGCCCAGCAAGUACCGAGUGGAGGUGCUGUAUGAGGACGAGCCCCUGAAGGAAUAUUACACCCUGAUGGACAUCGCCUACAUCUACCCCUGGAGGAGGGGGCGUUUGCUCCGGGCGGGAUUUUCGGGUUCCCCGGUGGGAGGGGGGCGGCAGCGCCGGCGUCCCCGGGGGAUGGGUGGUGGCAGUGCCGGUGUCCCCGUGUCCCCAGACCGGUCCCCUGGCCCUCAAGUACCGCGUGCAGCCCUCCUGCAAGCGGCUCAAGCUGUGCCCGGUGCUGCCCUCCGAGGGCACCAACACCAGCGGCGCCUCCGAGUGCGAGUCGGGCAGCGACAAAGCGCAGAGCCCCGGGCUGGCAUCGCCCCCCGCCCUGCCCGGCCCCGGCCACGGCCCCCCCGGGCCCGCCCUCAACGGCUCGGCCUCGAACUGUCACCCGCUGCCAGCCGGCUGUCACCCGCUGCCACCUGCCCGCGGCCGCAAAACCGCCCUGAACGGCAGCGCGGGCUCGGCCCCGAGCUAAAAACCUCCGGGGGCUGCUGGAAACCCUCCUGGGACUCUGAAAAAUCCUCCUGGGACUCCGGAAAGUCCUCCUGGUACUCCAAAAAAUCCUCCUGGGACUCCGGAAAAUCCUCCUGGUACUCCAAAAAAUCUUCCUGGGACUCCGGAAAAUCUUCCCGGGAUUCCAAAAAAUCUUCCUGGGACUCUGGAAAGUCAUCCUGGGGCUCUGAAAAGUCAUCCUGGGGCUCAGAAAAUCCUCCUGGGACUCCAAAAAUUCUUCCUGGGAGUCCUACAACCCCUCCAGGGACUCCGAAAAACCCUGCAGGGGCUGCUAAAAGUCCUCCUGGAACUGCUAAAAAUCCUCCUGGAAAUGCUGCAGACCCUCCAGGGACUGCUCAAAACCCUCCUGGGAUUCCUAAAACCCCUCCUGGAAUUCCUGAAACCCCUUGCAGACCUCUAUAAAUGUGGGUGUGUACAUAGGGACA